UGUCUCUGCCUGGAAUGUGUUCCCUGCGAUGUUCUGGUGGCUCCCUCUAGCACUUCAUAUCUCUGCCACUUUAUCCCCCUCGCUGCUUCAGAGAGCACUUCCUGUCACCCUGUACAAAAUAAAAUGAUGCCCUUCUUACGUUUUUUCAGAACAGUUGUAAAUAGCUGGCGUUCCCAUCGGGAUGUGUUCUUUGCCUGUCUCCUGAGGUGUAGGCUCCAAGAGAACGGGUGUGUCUGUUCUGCUCACGCUUCAGUGCUCGGUGUGCAAUAAGCAUUUGUUGAAUGAAUAAAUGAACACACGAGAGACCUGUAACCCAGCAGUCCCUCAGUAAAUGUGUGUUGCUUUGAGACUUUUGUUGAAGUGUUUGCAUUUACUUAUUCAUUUUCCCCUAACUUUAUAAUUGGAAAAAUUUCAAACAUACCGAAAAAUUGAAAGAAUGGUUCAGUGACUAUCCAUGUAUCUGCCACCUGGAUUCAAGAAUUGUUAAGACCUCACCACAAUUGCUUUAUAUAUUCCUACGUGUAUGUGUGUGUAUUGCACAGUGGGACAAUAUAAAAGUCAGCUGUAGAAAAUGACACUUAUCUUUUGACUUUAGAAGUUGACUCUGGAGUGUGGUGAGUCAGAGGAGACCUCGGGCAGCAGGCCGCUGAGGCCAUGGCCUCCGACCUGGACUUCUCACCUCCUGAGGUGCCUGAGCCCACCUUCCUGGAGAACCUGCUACGGUAUGGACUCUUCCUGGGGGCCAUCUUCCAGCUCAUCUGUGUGCUGGCCAUCAUCAUUCCUGUUCCCAAGUCCUACGAGGCGGAAACAGAACCAACUGAGGCCAGAAGUGGGGAGGUGACGAGGAAGCCCAAGGCUGCUGCUCCUUCCACGAACAAGAGGCCCAAGAAAGAGGCCAAGAAGAAGCGUUAGAAGACAAGGCCUGUGGAGCCGGGCAGGAGGGGCGAGAGCCUUGGAGGCAGCCCUCCUGGGACUCCAUGUCCUGUUCCUGACUCCGUCCCAGGCUCAGAGACCUGGACAGUGUGACAGCCCCAGGUCCCAGCUGGGCAGACUGCCACUUCCUCUUCCUUCUGCUUCCUUGAUGGUUUAGAGCCAGGGGACCUGAAACACCCUGUGAGCAGAGGCUGUCUUAGAAGUCUGUCUGUUCAGAAGUUGGGUCAGAUUAGUUAUGUUUUCUACUUAAUCAUGGAGUCCAGCCUUUAGCCAACCCACCUUGUGGAUUUACACUACGUUUUAGAGCCAUUAUCUAAUGCUGACAAGCACUGCCCUCCCAUUAUUUGUGCACCAUGGAUCUGCUUAUCAGUCACCUUUGUCUCCUUUGCUUGUGCAGGUGGAGCCAGGCCUCACCUGUUUUGUUUAGGUCAAGACGCCGCGGCUAGUAGUGCAGCCACCAGGUGUGAAAGGUGCCUGGCGUGAGGGCCAGCAGAAGACCUGGGCCGGGUAAUGCCUGGUUCUCCUCUGGCAGAUGGAAGAGAUUUGGCUGAAUGAGUGUGUGUUUCUUGGGCCCGACUUUCUGAGCCUCUGAAAUGGGGGGACUGUCACUCUCAGACCAACCUCUUCAACCCAUCAUAGCACGUUCAAGGGGAGCCUUUUGGCUUCUACCUCUACAAUAUCCCAUGUCUCUCCCCCUACCCCCCAAUUCUUUCAUCCCCUGAGCAGUGUGGGAAGUUUGGGGGAAGUAAAUGUGAAUAAACUGCCCCGCAUGCUGA